AUGGAUGCUCAAUAUGAUUUUUGUUAUCAGAACCUAUUGUUAGGUAUGAAUGUUAUUCAGGCGGCUUAUCAAGCAGGAAUUACCAAGCUAAUUAAUUUAGCUAGUAGUUGUGCCUAUCCUAAAAAUGCAGAAAAUCCGAUUAAAGAAUCACAGCUAUUACAAGGGUUACCAGAGCCAACUAAUCAAGGAUAUGCUAUAGCUAAGGCUACCGUAGCCCAUUUAACCACAUGUAUUGCUUUACAAUAUGGCUUGCAGUAUAAAACCUAUAUCCCUUGUAAUUUAUAUGGCUAUUGGGAUAAUUAUGAUGCAAAUAAUUCACAUUUUAUUGCAGCAAUUAUAAAAAAAAUUCAUCGUGCACUAGAGGAACAACAGGCUAAUGUAGUAAUUUGGGGUGAUGGUAAUCCAAGACGUGAAGUUUUAUUUACUGAAGACUUAGCAGAUUUUAUUUUAUUUUCUUUACAAAAUUUUUCUAAUAUUCCAAAUAUAAUAAAUGUAGGCUCUGGCAUUGAUUGUACUAUUAAUGAGUAUUAUCAAAUAAUAGCUAAGGUAUUAGACUAUAAAGGAACAUUUAGUCAUGAUUUAACUAAGCCCAACGGCAUAAAACAAAAAUUAAUGGACAUUAGUAAACUUAAAGCAUUAGGAUGGCAGCCAAAAACUAGCUUAGAAGCUUGUAUUCGUAAAGCUUAUAAGUUUUAUAUUAAAGAAGCCUUAGGAUGCUCUACAGUUUAA